CGAAGAACUUGCUUGGGCUAGACAAGACUUGCUCAAGCCUCUUGUCAAUGACGUUGCCGGUGCAGAAGCUUCAAUAAGCCUAGCCCUUCGCCCUGGCGCGUGGGAUAACUGCUUGGCCCUCGCGCGUUAGGUUCCUGCACCGUGCUCCCAGCUCGCGCGAUUGACAAGCCGCCAUGUUGAUCCAGACCCCGGAUGGUCGGUAUUACUCUAGUAUAAAAUGAAGGCUUCUCGCCCAUGUGGUCGGGAGGGCGUACAAGCAAUCCAUUCUCAAAGUACCAAGCUGAGCCAUCAACAUCGGCCAUGAAUUCCCUCCUGACUCUCGCUUUGGCAGCUGCUGCCGUUGCUGCUCCUACUAGCAGGUCUUACCCUACUGGCACCACCGGCCACCCUGGUCACACCAGCAAGGAUGACAGCUAUCUUGUCUCAUUGGGCCCUCGUCCCUACUAUAUCGUCAAUAACAUGACGGAUGGACCAUUGAAGCAGAAGCUCCAGUCUUGUGAGAAUAAGCCUGUUUCUAUCAACCAAUUCUCGAUUGGUCACCGUGGUGGCGGUACUCUUCAAUUUCCCGAGGAAACCAAGCAAUCCGAAGACGCAGGUGCUCGCAUGGGUGCUGGUGUCCUCGAGUGUGAUGUCUCGUUCACUGGCGACCGAGGGCUUGUCUGCCGUCACUCGCUUUGCGACCUGCACACAACGACCAACAUCCUCCUGCAUCCUGAGCUGGCGAAGAAGUGCACAAUUCCCUUCAUGCCAGCAAACGGAACGGCACCUGCCAAUGCCCUCUGCUGUACCUCAGACAUCACCAUCGCUGAGUACAGCAGUCUUUGUGGCAAGCAGGACGGCUUCAACGCUUCUGCCCGCACGCCUCAGGACUACCAGUACGGUACUCCGAUCUGGCGAACAGAGCUGUACGAUACCUGCGGCAAAGUCUUAACCCUAAACGAGUACAUCGACCUCGUCAACGAUUACCCCGGCUACCGCAACUUCACCCCCGAGCUCAAGACUCCUCCUUCCCAGGUUCCCAUGCCCUUCAAGGGCUACACCCAGCAGCAAUAUGCCCAGGACAUGGUUGACGCCUUCCGCAACAAGUCCAUUGACUACAGCCGCAUCUGGCCACAAUCAUUCACAUACGACGACAUCAUCUUCUGGCUCAAGUACGACCACGACUUCGGCAAGCAAGCCAUCUACCUCGUCGAGUACGACACGCCCGAGGACAUCACAGCAGGCAUCUCGAACCUGACCGUCGCUAAAGCCGCUGGUGUCAACAUCAUCGGUCCUUCCCUACCUAUGCUUCUCAGCGUCAACGAGAACAAAACCAUUGUCCCGUCUGCAUAUGCUCAUGCCGUAAAAGCUGCUGGCCUUGAUAUCAUUGCCUGGACAUUUGAGCGCUCUGGACCACUUGCGACAGUCAAGAGCAGGGGCGAGUACUACUUUGAGUCUAUUGCGAACGUCACGUAUUAUGAUGGGCAGUACUAUGAGGUGCUGGAUGUGCUGGCGAAUCAGAUUGGGAUCAAGGGGCUGUUCAGCGACUGGUCGUCUACGGUCACAUAUUUUGCAAAUUGCUUUGGGCUUAAGGGGCCGGUGGGUGGUAGCUACAAGUAGAAGAUGAACGAGUGAUGAUGAACUGCUCCAUCUAAGGAUGGAUACAAUGUGAGCUCAGAAGCUCC